AUGACUUCCGAAAAUACUCGUGGACGGUUUGCUCUGUGGUUGUGCAGGUGCCGUCUCAUUUGCUGUCGUACUUUCAUAUCUCUACGAGCAAGACUGGAAAGACGCCAUUUUAGUGCUCUUAUAUUCUCAAAUGUGAAGCUUCCCUCUCGCAUCGGAUUGACGGCUAUUCUGGUGGUAUCUCAUUGGGAAUUCUGUGUCCCUACGGCAACUGGGGUCAAUGAUUCCGACUCAGUGGACUCUACUUUGAUCCAGUCCAUAAGGAGGAAGUUGGAUUACUGGAAUGGACAGGUUGUUGCAGUUAAGCAAUUGGAUAGAAAUAGGCUUCAGGGUAACCGGGAAUUUUUUGUUCAGGCUCUUAUGUUCAGUCUUUUAUAUCAUUCUAACCUUGUAAAUUUAAUCGGUUACUGUGCUGAUGGGGACCAGAGGCUACUUGUCUAUGAGUUCAUGCCCUUGGGAUCAUUGGAAGAUCAUCUUCAUGAUCUUCCACCUGAUAAAGAACCAUUAGAUUGGAAUUCAAGAAUGAAGAUAGCAGCAGGUGUGGUCAAGGAUUUGGAGUAUCUUCAUGAUAAAGCGAAUCCUCCUGUCAUUUAUAGGGAUUUCAAGUCAUCUAACAUAUUACUGGAUGAAGGGUUUGUUCCAAAGCUUUCAGACUUUGGGCUGGCGAAACUUGGUCCUACUGGAGACAAGUCGCAUGUCUCCACAAGGGUCAUGGGAACUUAUGGUUAUCGUGCUCCUGAGUAUGCUAUGAGUGGGCAAUUGAUGGUGAAAUCUGAUGUCUACAAUUUUGGGGUUGUCUUCCUGGAACUUAUCACUGGACAGGAACAUAUGGAUAAGCGGGAGAAGGAGAUUCAAGAACUACGGUUGCUUGGUGCAUCAAAUGAGAAGGCUUAUGCUGUUUUUCACAAUGCUGGAUAUCUACUUCAGAAUGUUCCUGGUCAAUCUUGGAGGUACAGCUGAUAUCAAUAUCGAAUAAUGUAUUCUGACUUGUGGGAUUGACGAAUCCAUAAAAGAUGAAAGUUCUACAAAUUAGCUUUGUCAUCUUCUGUUUUGGGAUUUGAAUCUAGAGUUGACUAAUGUUACAUUAGGUUUUAGACAGCAGAAUCUAGAUUCAUGUCUGUCUUUGUUGUUGUAAACUACUGUACUGAUAAAAAAUUAAUGAGGGUU